AUGCUCCCCACGGGUCCCCGAGGGUGGCCGCUGCCGCUGCUGCUGCUGCCGCUGCUGACCCGCGGCGCGCCGACCCCGGGCGACCCGGGGGACCCCGACACGGCGGUGGUGGUGCCCUCGCGGCUGCCCGGCAGCGCGGACGGCGAGCUGAAGUGCACCAUGACCGCCUUCGGCCAGACCUUCGUGCUGAACCUGGUGCCCGACGCCAGCUUCCUGGCGCCCGAGUUCAAGGUCGAGUUCAUCGGGGGCGCGUACGGCGCGACCGAGGGCGACCGGCCGCCGCGCGGCUGCUUCUACUCGGGCACCGUCAACGGGGACCCGCAGUCGCUGGCGGCCGUGAGCCUGUGCCACGGCCUCCACGGCUCCUUCGAGCUGGACGGCCACGAGUACACGGUGCGGCCCCGCCACGGCGACGGCGGCAGCGUCCUCAGCCAGGCGCACCUCCUGCAGCGCUGGGGCCCCGUCCCCGUGCCCACCGCCGGCCCGCCGGGGCCCGCGGGGGGGAGGUCGAGGCAGGCGCGGGAGGUGCGCGGCGACAUGCCGGAGCGCGACGGCGACGGAGACGCGGAGGCCACCAGCCCGGCGCCCCCGCGGCGCCGCAAGCGGUUCGUGUCCCAGCCGCGCUACUUGGAGACGCUGGUGGUGGCCGACGAGACUGUGCUGCGGUUCUACGGGGCCCACCUGCAGAACCACAUUCUGACCCUCAUGUCCGUGGCUGCUCGAAUCUUCAAGCAUCCCAGCAUCAAAAACUCCAUCAAUCUGGUGUUGGUGAAGAUGCUGGUAAUAAGAGAUGGCAAUUUGGGCCCAAACUCAUCCCAAGACGGAAAUUUGUUGCUGAAGAACUUUUGCUCCUGGCAGCGUGACUACAACCCGCCCAGUGACAGACACGCGGAGCACUAUGACACGGCUGUGCUGCUCACCAGAAAGAGCUUCUGUCUGGAUUCACAAUCCUGUGACACCCUGGGUCUGGCAGACAUCGGCGUCAUCUGUGACCCCAGGAAGAGCUGCUCCAUCGUGUUGGACCAGGGGCUGCAGUCUGCCUACACGCUGGCCCAUGAACUGGGGCACGUCCUCGGCAUGCUCCACGACGACUCGAACUCCUGCGUGAGCAAGUUUGGCACCCUGAGCAAGAACCACCUCAUGGCCUCGUUGUUCAAAAGGAUCAACCGGACCCUGCCCUGGUCCAUCUGCAGCGCCUCCUUCCUCACGGACACGCUGGACAAAGGGAAAGGAGACUGUCUCCUGGAUCAGCCCACCGGCGCCUUGGUCUUGCCCACGGGUCUCCCGGGCAACAACCCGUUCUACAACCUGGACCAGCAGUGCCGGCAGCUCUUCGGACCCACCUAUGUCCACUGCAGCGAUUUGCAGGUGGAGCCCUGCAGCAAGCUCUGGUGCCGCGAGGGCCCCCUCAGCUACAUAUGCAGUUCCAAGAGCGCAGACCCUCAGUGGCUGGACGGCACCUCCUGCGGGAGCAACGGGAACAUCUGCUUAUUGGGGCAAUGCCUGACCAGGGUGGAAGUGGAGAAGUCCAGGACUAGCGUAGAUGGCAGCUGGUCCUCGUGGGGAUCCUGGGGAGCGUGUUCCCGGACCUGCGGGGGAGGAAUCCAGUACAUACACCGCGACUGCGCCAACCCCGCGCCAAGGAAUGGAGGCGAAUACUGCGUGGGGCAGAGGACCAGCUACCGCUCCUGCAACACGCAGGAGUGCCCAGACAGAAAGACUUUCAGGGAGGUGCAGUGUGAGCAGUUCAACAACAUCAAUUACAAGGACUCUGAAGGGAACGUGGUCCAGUGGAUGCCCAAGUACGCGGGCGUGUCGGAGAGGGACCGCUGCAAACUGAUUUGCAGGAUUCGAGGAAGGCAGGAGUACAAAAUGUUCGGCCAGGUGGUGGACGGCACCCCGUGUGGGCUGGACACGGAUUCCGUCUGUGUGAACGGCCAGUGUAUCCAGGCCGGCUGCGACCACGUGAUCGGCUCGCUCAAGACGCGGGACCAUUGCGGCGUGUGCGGUGGCAACAGUAGCACGUGCCAGCGGUACACCGGCGUCUUCAACCCCACCAGUUACGGCUACAACCACAUCGUCACCUUCCCAGCCGGCACCACCAACAUCGACAUCAAGCAGCGGAGCUACCCCGGGUUCCUGAACGACGGGAACUACCUGGUCCUGAAAGCCACUGACGGGAGCUACCUGCUCAACGGGGACCUGUUCGUGAUGCCCUCGGAGUACGACGUCUACCUGAACGGGACCACCAUCCUGUACAGCGGCUGCAUGGUGAGCCUGGAGCGCCUGCAGACCUUCGAGCCGCUGCCUGAGCCCCUGACCCUGCAGCUCUUAACCGUCGCCGGAGAGCAGCCGCCACCCGCCAUCAAGUUCUGCUUCUCCCUGCCCAACCACGCGGAAUUCAACAGGCCCAUCAGCGUGCAGAGAACCUCGGGCGCAAAGCCCCAACCCCAGAACGCGCAGUGGUUCGUCGGGGCAUGGCACAACUGCUCCAGCACCUGCGGCGCCGGCUGGCAGAUGCGUCUCGUGGAGUGUCGCUUGCCCUCGGGCGAGCUGGCCACCACCUGCAACGAGGAGGAGAAACCCGCCGACCUCAAGGCCUGCAAGAACCAGUGCCCGGAGUGA